CUGUAUAUACAUUUAAUAUGCCUUUCAUGAAGACAAGCUUGGAACACUUAAAAGUCAAGGUACCACUACACCAUUAAUGUUGAGACAUUUUUAUAUUUCAUAGGAAGGACAUCCAUAUUACUAACCUGGUCUACAUGAUGUCAUAAAGGCAAAGCCACAAGAACAUAGGGAGUGGAAUGUAUUGUUAAUGUAUAUCGUGUGAGUUCAAAGUUAUGAGCAGAACUAGAUGGAACAGAAUAAUAAUAGAAUAGAAAAGUAAGAAACUCAAAACAGUUUAUUUUCAUUUAUUCCUUUUUAUUGGUGGUUUUGGACAUUUCAGAGCUCAAAAUGCCUGCUGCUGUGGAGUGGGAUGAUGUGAAGAAGCUGGACCCGGCGACCCUCCAUGAGCGUUACAAGGAUGAACUGGACAGCUUCAUCGACCUUCUCACCUCGGCAGAAGAGUGGGAGAUGGAGCGGCGAGCUCAGGAGGACGUCGUCCACAUACUGCGAGUGUUUCAGGCCUUGCUCAAGAUGAAACAUCAGGAAGCGACUUUGGCCGAACGGUUAGUUGAAGAACAAGAGAAAAAUGAGAACACGCUUCUCAUCAAGGUGUCCAGACUGGAGGAAGAACUAACGUAUGCAGGCACUGGUCCAGAAAACCGCUUUCUGAGGAAUGAAAUCCAGCAGCUGAAGGGUCAGCUGAGGCACAAGGAGGAGAUGGUCAACCAGCUGAAGAAAGAAAUAAAAAGAGAGAAGAAGACCUCGGAGAAGCUAUUUUUGCAAGCGGAGUCUGCAGAGGAAGACCUGAAGAUGUUGAAAAGAGAGAACACGCAGCUCCAGCAGGACGUCGACUUUUAUCAUGGCGAGUUGGCGCUUAAGGAGUCGGAUGUGUCCAAAGAGGAGACCGCAGAGACUCAGCAGAAGCUCAUCUUGGCCAACCGACAGCUCUCCCAAUGCAUGGACGAACUUCAGCAAGCGGAGGAAGAAAUCUUGCGACUGAAAGCGGACAACCUACGCAUGCAGAAAUGUGUGAUGGAAUCCACCAAGGAGAUGGAGAAGAUGAGUGAUGAGUACAACCAGAUCAAGAUGGCCGUCCACCAGUGCGACUCUGAGACCGACCAGCUGCGGAAAGAGAGGGAUCGCGCCGAGCUGCAGGUCAGGGAGCUGACGCAGAAGAUUACUGACAUGGCGGAAGAGGACGACCCCAUUUUGGUAGAAGUGGAUGCUAAAGUUGAGGAAUGGAAGAAAGUGCUGUCGGAAAAGGAUGAGGACAUUAUGUUGCACCAGCAGAUGAUCCGUGACCUUCAACAGAAGUUGCGCCUAGCCCAGCUGGACGUGGACAGAAACAACAGUCUUGCCUUGGAGCAGGCUUUAGAGGAGCGAGAUAAUCAGAUUAAGACGCUGAGGGAGCAAGUGGAGCAGUACACAGACGAAAUGAAGAUACAGACACUCUUCAUGGAAAGUCUGAAGUUGCCCAAAAAGGGAGGCGGAAGUGCAUUUAUGGACACUCAAGCACUGGUCCAGGAGAGAAAGACGGAGGAGCUUUUGUCCAAGUGGGACGCUGCCGAGAUGAGAGCAACAGAAGCGGAGGAGGCUUUGAAACAAGCGGAAGAUCACGCAGAGGAAAAAGAUCGGGAGCUCAUCGAGGUCUCCAAGCGCCUGAAAGCGUAUGAGCGUGGCAUUUACGGCCUGGAAGAAGCCAUCAACGAGAUUAAUGAGUGUAAAAUUCAAAUCCGAAGGGGAGAGUUGGAGUUAGAGGCCGUGACCAAAGAGAACAACCAAGUGUACAUAACAAUCAACCAGCUCAUAGAGGAAAAUGAGGACUUCCGGGAAAGACUCGGCUAUGAACCCAGCCAGCAGAUCGACCUUAGCGAGUUCAGGCGAGCCAGAGGUCUUAAACAACGGCAGUACAAAGCCGAAAAUGAAGUCCUGACGAAAGAGAUUGAACGUCUUGAAGAGGAACGACUAGUGAUGAAGAAACAAGUUCGACACCUCGCCAAACAAAAAGGGCUGCCACCAUCCAAGUGGGGGGAGGACGAUGACGAAUUCAUCCACACUGUAAAAUGGCUCCCAACUCCGACGCAAAACAUCACCACACCCAUGAUUGAAGAGCCCCAACCUAUGUUUGACAUUUUGAAAGACAAAUUGUGUCAGAAGGUUGAAGUUCGGGAAGAAGCGGUGACCAUGUCAAAGAGGGAGGGAGAACUCAACAGAUCUCAAGUUAGGGAAGAAGCGACAACCCUGUCAAAGAGGGAGGCAGAACGCAACAAAUCUCAAGUUAGGGAAGAAGCAGUGGCCAUGUCAAAGAGGGAGGCAGAACGCAACAAAUCUCAAGUUUGGGAAGAAGCAGUGGCCAUGUCAAAGAGGGAGGCAGAACGCAACAAAUCUCAAGUUUGGGAAGAAGCAGUGGCCAUGUCAAAGAGGGAGGCAGAACGCAACAAAUCUCAAGUUUGGGAAGAAGCAGUGGCCAUGUCAAAGAGGGAGGCAGAACGCAACAAAUCUCAAGUUAGGGAAGAAGCAGUGACCACGUCAAAGAGGGAGGCAGAACGCAACAAAUCUCAAGUUUGGGAAGAAGCAGUGGCCACGUCAAAGAGGGAGGCAGAACGCAACAAAUCUCAAGUUAGGGAAGAAGCAGUGACCACGUCAAAGAGGGAGGCAGAACGCAACAAAUCUCAAGUUUGGGAAGAAGCAGUGGCCACGUCAAAGAGGGAGGCAGAACUCAACAAAUCUCAAGUUAGGGAAGAAGCAGUGGCCAUGUCAAAGAGGGAGGCAGAACGCAACAAAUCUCAAGUUUGGGAAGAAGCAGUGGCCAUGUCAAAGAGGGAGGCAGAACGCAACAAAUCUCAAGUUAGGGAAGAAGCAGUGGCCAUGUCAAAGAGGGAGGCAGAACUCAACAAAUCUCAAGUUUGGGAAGAAGCAGUGGCCAUGUCAAAGAGGGAGGCAGAACGCAACAAAUCUCAAGUUAGGGAAGAAGCAGUGGCCAUGUCAAAGAGGGAGGCAGAACGCAACAAAUCUCAAGUUUGGGAAGAAGCAGUGGCCAUGUCAAAGAGGGAGGCAGAAAUCAACAAAUCUCAUGUUAGGGAAGAAGCGACGACCCUGUCAAAGAGGGAGGCAGAACGCAACCAAUCUCAAGUUUGGGAAGAAGCAGCGACCACGUCAAAGAGGGAGGCAGAACUCAACAAAUCUCAAGUUAGGGAAGAAGCGGCGACCCUGUCAAAGAGGGAGGCAGAACGCAACAAAUCUCAAGUUAGGGAAGAAGCGGCGACCACGUCAAAGAGGGAGGCAGAACGCAACAAAUCUCAAGUUUGGGAAGAAGCAGUGACCAUGUCAAAGAGGGAGGCAGAACUCAACAAAUCUCAAGUUAGGGAAGAAGCGGCGACCAUGUCAAAGAGGGAGGCAGAACGCAACAAAUCUCAAGUUUGGGAAGAAGCAGUGGCCAUGUCAAAGAGGGAGGCAGAACGCAACAAAUCUCAAGUUAGGGAAGAAGCAGUGGCCAUGUCAAAGAGGGAGGCAGAACUCAACAAAUCUCAAGUUAGGGAAGAAGCGGCGACCAUGUCAAAGAGGGAGGCAGAACGCAACAAAUCUCAAGUUUGGGAAGAAGCAGUGGCCAUGUCAAAGAGGGAGGCAGAACGCAACAAAUCUCAAGUUAGGGAAGAAGCAGUGGCCAUGUCAAAGAGGGAGGCAGAACUCAACAAAUCUCAAGUUAGGGAAGAAGCGGCGACCAUGUCAAAGAGGGAGGCAGAACGCAACAAAUCUCAAGUUUGGGAAGAAGCAGUGACCAUGUCAAAGAGGGAGGCAGAACUCAACAAAUCUCAAGUUAGGGAAGAAGCGGCGACCCUGUCAAAGAGGGAGGCAGAACUCAACAAAUCUCAAGUUUGGGAAGAAGCAGUGGCCAUGUCAAAGAGGGAGGCAGAACUCAACAAAUCUCAAGUUAGGGAAGAAGCGGCGACCAUGUCAAAGAGGGAGGCAGAACGCAACAAAUCUCAAGUUUGGGAAGAAGCAGUGACCAUGUCAAAGAGGGAGGCAGAACUCAACAAAUCUCAAGUUAGGGAAGAAGCGGCGACCCUGUCAAAGAGGGAGGCAGAACGCAACAAAUCUCAAGUUUGGGAAGAAGCAGUGGCCAUGUCAAAGAGGGAGGCAGAACGCAACAAAUCUCAAGUUAGGGAAGAAGCAGUGGCCAUGUCAAAGAGGGAGGCAGAACUCAACAAAUCUCAAGUUUGGGAAGAAGCGGCGACCCUGUCAAAGAGGGAGGCAGAACUCAACAAAUCUCAAGUUUGGGAAGAAGCGGCGACCCUGUCAAAGAGGGAGGCAGAACUCAACAAAUCUCAAGUUUGGGAAGAAGCAGUGGCCAUGUCAAAGAGGGAGGCAGAACUCAACAAAUCUCAAGUUUGGGAAGAAGCGGCGACCCUGUCAAAGAGGGAGGCAGAACUCAACAAAUCUCAAGUUUGGGAAGAAGCGGCGACCCUGUCAAAGAGGGAGGCAGAACUCAACAAAUCUCAAGUUUGGGAAGAAGCAGUGGCCCUGUCAAAGAGGGAGGCAGAACUCAACAAAUCUCAAGUUUGGGAAGAAGCAGUGGCCAUGUCAAAGAGGGAGGCAGAACUCAACAAAUCUCAAGUUUGGGAAGAAGCGGUGACCAUGUCAAAGAGGGAGGCAGAACUCUACAAGCGUCAGUUCCAGUUUAAACUGGAGCAGCUCUCCAAAGAGAAAGGUGACCUGGAGGCCGCACUUAAAGACGUCCUCCAGGCCUUGAAGACUAAAGACACCACGAGCAUCCCCAGUCUGACAAGGCUGACCAAUCAUAACCUGAAGGUCUUUGCCAGCGACAUGGUGGCGAGCCUCCAAGAGGAGCAUUUGAAGGCUAUUCAGGAGAGGACGAAGGCCGAACAGGAGAGCAGGAGGACCAGGAGGAAGUUUGACAAUCAGGAGCAGAGGCUUCAAGAGAUGAAGGAAACCUGCAGAUGUUUGGAAGAGAAACUACAAGACAAGUCCAGCGAAGAGGCAAACAGCCAUGCUACCCUGAAGCUGGCACACAAGUCCGUCAAAGAUCUCCAACGUCGACUCAACAAUAAAGAAGACGUGAUUAAAAAGUACCAGAACCAACUGACGCAAGUGGGAAAGGAUCAAGAAGAGAUGAUAAAAACACACGCUGAGGAGAUGAAGAUGCUGUAUCAGAAGUUGGACUCCAACAACAACAUGGCUCUGGAUCGUCUCAAACGGCAAGCAGCGGAAGCAAUGAAGAAUCCCAGCAUCGGCGCCUCCACGACCAAACAUCUGGACCGCGUGAGUGAGUUGGAGCAGAUGGUGGCCGAACAGGACAUGUUGCUCGCAUCCGUUAACAGGAAGCUGAAGAUGGCCACCGCUGAGUCGGAACGACACAAAGCAACCGUGGAAAUACAAGCCAAAAAGCACGCCGAUGAGAUCUCCAGGCUGAAGAGGUCUCACGCGGCGGAGUUGGAAGAUGUGAGUUUUGAGACCAAAGACCAAAGGAGCCAAAUUGCAGAUCUGAAGAAGGAGGUGGACUCCCUCCAGAACGAGCUGGAGAGCCAGAAGGAGGCCUGCGUUAUGUCCGCGAGCAACACCUUGAAGAACAUGGUGGAAAGCCUCAAGCUGCAACUGGUCCAAAAAGAGAAACAGAUCAAGGCUCUCAGCAAAGUUCUAAUCGGAAUGCGGUCCCAAGUGGCGUCUGCCUCAGAACAACGAGUCUUGGUGAACACCGCGCAGACCGAUGAGAAACUCAACAUUCAGAAGUUGGUUGACAAGCACACCAAAGACUUGAAAGCUCAAGUGCAGGAGCUGAGCAGUCAACUGGAAGCGGCAAACGAUUCAUCCAGAAAGAAUGACAGCAAGUUGAAGGUUCAGGUGGACAACCUCAGCAAGAGGCUGCUGAAGAGCCUCAGCGUUCAGAAGGCGCUGCGCACUCAGUUGGAGGAGAAAGAACAAGAGUUCCUUGUGGUGGAGAAGCAACUCAAGAACCGCGUUGACCCCGUUCAGAGCAAAGAAAAAGUAAUGCAGUGGGAAGAGGCUAAGAAAUGGCGGUCCAGAUUGGAUAAGGUCAAGCGCCUUCUGAAGGACAAGGAACAACAAAACUACUUCCUGACCAGGCAGCUCAUUUCUAUAAAGGACCUCUAUGCCAAGCUGGAGCAAGAAAAGAACGCAACACCGAAGAAGACCAAGGCAAGGCCAGUGACGGCUGAUCGGGUAGCAGAGAAGGAGACUCAGCAGAUCCCGGCCAAGCCACAACAGCCAUUGAAUGCCGAGGAAAAGAACCAGUCCCUGGAGGAGAGACUGCGAUCCUUAGAAGAGCACAUUUCGAACAAGUCUUCGGCAUCACCGCUUGCGCCAAAGAAAGAUUCUGAAGCUCCCUCGCCAAGUGACGGAUACCUCAAGAAAGAGAACCUCAAGCUAGCCUCUGAGAAUCUGGAGCUGCGCCUCCAGCUCGCGCAAGCCAACAUAGACGUGCCGAGAUUCAAGCGUACAGUUGCAAGUCUGGAGCAGAUGUGCAGUGCACUGAAGAAUGACAAUGCUGAAAGUCUUUCUCAAACAUGUAAAGCAGAUACGUUUAACAUUGCUGACAACGUGGGGGCGGACACAGACGCCACAGAGGAAGUCAACAAGCCGAAUAAAGACAACGCAGCACGAGAACAAAAGCCAGGCAAGACCAGCGAUCCAAAUGGAGAGAUCCCUCCAAGCAACAUAGAUACCAAGGAGCCAAGAAGUCCCGAGCAGGCGGCUCGCAAGCAACUUUGAAAGUUACAGGAAGGAUUUCAUUGAUUCAUAAUUUCUCGCCAUUCAAAGUAUUUUUUAAGAUGGUAACACAGGGAAUUCU